CUCUGAUUUUACCAUUUGGUUUGGUUCUUUGGUUCAUAUUUUUGAAAUUAUAUCGAAUUAUUAAAAUUCUAUAAUUUCAUCAAUAAAAAUUGAAAUUGUAAUUGGAUUCCCAGCCAUUUAAUCAAAUCGAAACUUCUCAAAAUUAUGCUUUCCUCAAUUUUCAAACAUUCCUAUCUUGCAUCGUUGUCCCAUUAAAAUCGUUGGCACUAAACCUGUGAAAAAUUAUGAACUCGAUUAACGAAGUUUUAAACGAACUAAAAGAUGAUAUUGUCACAAAACCCGAAGCAUUUCAUCCACCUAAACCACAGCAAGUAGUUCAAAAUGAAAAAAUUGAAAACAAAGCUUACCUUCAACAAAAGGAAUAUUUUUUAGAGAUCACGAAAGAUAAAUUACUCGCAACAUUAUCUAGUCAGGAUCACCAUCCUUUUUCUUGGAAUAAUUUUCCAUUAAAAGAAUUGGACAGUACAGUAGACAUAGCAAUAUCAUUCCAAAGGAAUAGUCACGCCGUUAGUAAUUUAUGCUACGGAUUAUUAGGGGGUAUUUCGCUUAUGCAGCUUGUACUUACCUACACUCUAGUCAAAGGAUCAAAAAAUGAGCUGAUGUCGUUUAUAGAACUAUACUCUAAAUUUGGACAUGUACCGUCAGCUUCUUUCUCAAUACUAACAACAAUUUGUUUAGUGUUUGCUUUCGACAAGAUUGAUCUAAUCACUGUAAAACAGUUAAUUUUACAAGAGCAACGUAAAUUCUACAGUAACUGGAUUCUUGUGUUCUUAUACUCGGUUACAUUCAUUCUGUCCGUUUUAUGCUUCAAGUUUGACGAGAUAAUCGCUACAUUUCCAGAAGGAACGGAAACACUGACGACUUCUCAAGAUUUAUGGAUGUGGAGAACAUUGAACUUAUGGCGUUGUAUUUUCGGUAUCAUAGGAUGGUUCUUUGUUUGCAUUACCAGACCUCAUGAUCUUUUGGAGCAUCGUUUAUGCGCACUCAAAAAAAGCACAACUGAAAAUCAAAAUACCGUCAAUUAAUUACCUACCUAUUUUUUUUCUCUAUCGAUCAAAACUUUAUACUUGUAAUUUUUAAAUACCUAAUUGAAUUAAAAAAUAUAUUAUUGAAAAUAAUA